ACAGACUGGAGCAAGGACUCGAGCGGGUAGGACGUCGCCAGCCCAGCCAGCCCCCCAGGACUCCCACGACCCGGCCGCGUACCUUGCAGCUCGCCGAGCCACCCCGCCGCCAUGCUCCACCGACAGGGCCUUCUCGUGCUGCUCGCCGUCGUGAGCGUCGCGACGGCAGGCAAACUGCCCGCCCACAUCAUGCGGUGCGCCAGGACGGACCCCAACGUGGACCAGUGCCUGCGCGCCGCCGUGGCCGACGCGCUGCCCAAGAUGAAGAAUGGCCUGCCCAAGCUCGGCGUCGGCCCCCUCGACCCCCUGCUCAUCUCCGAGAUGCGCCUGUCCCAGGGCAGCAACAGCCCCGUCAACCUCGACCUCACCUUCACCAACAUGUCCACCACCAAGUUCCUGGACGGCGUCAAGGUUGAGAGCAUCCACUUCGACCUGGACAAGAUGGUGCUGACGGCGGAGUCCGUGACCCCCACCGUGCUGGCCGUCAGCAAGUACUCCGUCAAGGGCAAGGUGCUCCUGCUGCCCAUCACCGGCACGGGAGACAGCCGCGUGGAGCUGAACGACGUGAAGACCAGCCUCCGCAUCACGGGCAAGCGCACCAAGAAGUCGGACGGCAAGGACUACUUCGAGAUCACCGACGUGAAGGCCAACAUGGUGCCCAAGAAGAUGAGCCUGCGCCUGGACAACCUGUUCAACGGCGACAAGCAGCUGGGCGACACCAUGAACAAGGUGCUCAGCGAGAACUGGGAGCUGGUGUUCAACGAGAUCUCGCCGUCCCUCAACACGGCGUACGCCGAGCUCUUCAGGAGGCCGGCGCACGCCCUCUUCAUCCACGUGCCCAUCGACGGCAUCAUCCCGGAAAAGCUGUGAUAAUUGUACAAAAAUGUGAAUUAGACUUAAUAAAAUAAUGAAUUCAAACGCCGCA